AUGCAGCAAACACAUCAAGGAGUUGUCUAUGGCUACAGCGAGGUAACUAUCGUGUCCAGCGCCGGCGCUCCCCCGUACCCUGAGCCACUGCCACAGCCUCCUCCACGCCGCCGUAUGAGCCCGUUCCGCAUCCUGGUCAGGGCCUUCAUCGCCGUGUGCUUCUUCAUCGGCGCCCUCUCGCUCCUCAUCUGGCUCAUCUACCGUCCCCGGACGAUCCAGGUCGCCGUCAUUACCGCGACGCUCUCCCGCUUCGACCUGAACUCCACAGCGAACGCCCCGCCGGAGGGGUUGUACCAGGACGCGCGCUUCGGCCGCACCGCGCUGCCGGUGUCGUUCCAGGGCACGAGGCACACCGACACUGUGCCGGCCGUGCUCGCGGGCAGCUUGCCCAUGAGCUUCGGGGACUCUGUCGUCGAUGCGUUCCGUGGUGACAACAGCACGGGGGUGUUCCCUGUGGACCUGUGGAUCAACGGGGUCGUGCGCUACAAGUUCGGCGAGCUGACAACCACCACGGAGAGCACGCUGUCGGUCAAGUGCCAUCUGGCGCUACAGCUGAUGGUGGCGUUGGGUUGGGUCGAGUGUACUGUGAUCGACUUCUGA